AGGAGCCUCACUCAUCACUUCAAUUCCCUCUGCUUUCAGAGUGUACCAAGUUUCCACAUACCAUUAGCUGGAACCAAAUUAACUCAGAAACAUCAAAGUUUCAGGAUGGUUGAGCCUGGAGAAAUGACUCAAGAUGGAGUAUUAGUGGACAUCAAACUAAGUGAUGCAGAGAUUGCUCAAUGGGAUAUGAUGCAACAGAGGAGUAUAGAGUGCUUAAUAAGGAGGAAAAAGUCAUUAAGGGUCCGCUAUACGUAUGGCAUUAUCUUCUUAUUAGUAAAUCUUGUAGCUUGGUUUUUGCGUGACUAUGGCCAAAGGGUUUCCCUUCACUACCACAUUCUCAUCAAAGCUUGUGGACCAAAGGGCCAUGACUGUUUCCAAACAAUGGGAGUUCUUCGCAUCAGUUUGGGAUGCUUCAUAUUCUUCUUUAUGUUGUUUCUGACCACAUGUGGAACAACCAAGUUAUUCAACACUCGCGAUACUUGGCAUUCUGGAUGGUGGACUGCAAAGUUUGCCAUAUUGAUGAUCAUCCAAGUGUUUUCGUUCUUCAUCCCCUCAGAUUUUGUUCAUUUAUAUGGUGAACUUGCUCGAGUUGGUGCUGGAAUUUUUCUCCUCCUUCAACUUGUAAGUGUAAUCGAGUUUAUAGCAUGGUGGAAUGCUUACUGGAUGCCUGUUGAAAGAAAGAAGCAAAGCUCCUGUUGUGGAUUAGUCAUGUCGACACUGUUCUAUAUGGGCUCUUUUUGUGGGAUCAUCGUGAUGUAUGUAUGGUAUGCAUCCAAAGCUUCAUGCACUCUAAACAUAUUCUUCAUCACCUGGACAUCAAUUUUGCUUCUUGUUAUGAUGGUUAUAUCCUUGCAUUCGAAGGUGAAUAAGGGUCUUUUAUCAUCAGGGAUCAUGGCAUCUUAUAUCGUGUACCUCUGUUGGUCUGCUUUAAGAAGUGAACCUGCGAGCGAAAAAUGCAGCCCUGAAAAGCACGAGAACGAGCACGUUGAUUGGAUAACCGUGCUUGGCUUCCUGAUAGGGGUUUUUGCCAUUGUUAUGGCAACGUUUUCAACUGGGAUUGAUUCAGAAACAUUUCAGCUUAGGAAACAAGAAGAUCAGAUGGAGGAUGAUAUCCCCUAUAAAUAUGGAUUCUUUCACCUGAUAUUCUCCUUGGGGGCUAUGUAUUUUGCUAUGCUUUUCAUCAGCUGGAAUCUUGAUAGCUCAACCAGGAAAUGGAGCAUUGAUGUCGGGUGGGCAAGUACAUGGGUGAAAAUAGUUAAUGAAUGGUUUGCAGCCACAAUAUACUUAUGGAAAUUGAUUUCUCCAAUUGUCAGACAACCCAAGAUCAUGAAUCAUGAAGAACCUCAAGAACAGCAGCUGCAUAAUUCAGAUAGCUAAAUGAUGCAAAGUCUUGUAAACCCUAUUUGUGCCAUGUUAUAUUCUAGUUAGUUCAUUGCUAUUGAUAUAGUUGUUAAAUAAGAACAAUCUUGAUCAAGUUCUGAUAGCUAU